GUGGCUGAUGCAUUUGUAGAUGAAUAAUAAAAUUCUGAUAUUUUUGUUAUAUAUUAUAUAUAGUUAUAUGUAACAAAUAAUCUUUACAUUGUGUAUUAUUUCGCCGAAUUCGCGCGUCAGCGCAUCGUGCAAUAUAGACAAAGUUUAACCAACCUGCUGAUCGAGUCAUUAUACCAUUGUUCGGUUCCAUUGCAAUACCUAUAUAUUAGAAACUCGCUGCUGAAUAAGAAAAGCUACAGAACGCCAUGCAUAAAUUGCAAGAUUUCCGCAUAGACUUCGAUAAACCUGAUGCCACUUACGAACCUGGAGAAAAUGUGUCUGGAAAAGUUAUUUUAAAUCUUUCCGGCUCGAAAAAUGUUAAAGAGAUACGAUUGGAAGCUCGUGGAGCAGCGGAAGUUCACUGGACCAAAAACCGCAAAGUUAAAGACAGUAGUGGUCGCCGUCACCGCCAUACUGAUCAUUACAAAAACAGUGAACAUUAUUUUAGCAUAUCAAAUCGAUUACUCGGCAGUGGAACUGCAGAUGGACAAACAACAAUACCAGCGGGUCAACAUUCUUAUUUUUUUUCUUUUCAAUUGCCUUUCAACAUUCCCUGCAGUAUAGAACAUAAAUAUGGACGUGUUCGAUAUGUUGUGAACGCGAUACUUCAUCGACCCUGGAAAUUCGAUCACAAAGUUCUAUCAGCAUUUUCGGUUAUAGCCCCGUAUAAUUUGAAUACUCAGGAAAACGUUACUUCGGGUAUCCAUGACGAGAUUACACGCACAUUCCUUUACUGCGGUUGCUGUACUUCUGGUGGAAUGAAAAUUAAUGCGGACAGCCAAGUGAGCGGAUUUGUUCCAGGAGAGAUAAUCAAAAUGCUAAUUAACUAUGACAACUACUCUACUCGAGUUAACAUAACAAAGUUGAAAUUGAAAUUGAUUAAGAAUAUGACAUUUCAUGCUUCAUCGCCAAUUCCCGAUAAAAUGUUUGAUACAGAAAUUGUAGAAAAAGUUAAAAAAAAUAGACCUUUUGGCAAGAAAGGUGAAAGUUUGUUAAAUAUUCAAGUACCGUCACUGCCUCCCUCAAAUUUAGAAUAUUGUUCUAUUAUCCGUGUCAGUUAUCAGCUUGCUCUCUGCAUUAACGUUUCAGGAUUACACUUCAACAUAAAGCGUCUUUAUCCAGUGCAACUAGGAACAGUGCCUCUGUUUCAUCAAACGGCAAAUUUGUCACAUUAUUCAGUCACACCUUAUAUUCCUUCAGCUCCGCCAAUCGAUCAAGUCACUUCUAUUCCACAACCGAUGCCUCAGCCACCACACAUUGGUUUUGCCUUAAUGGACGCACACAUCCGCACUCCUGCUUAUCCAUCACAACCAGAGAUGGCGCCUCCAUCAUAUGAAGAAUGUGUUUAUGGAGUUAACACCGUUUCUAAUCAAAAUGAACAAAGACUUCAUGGAUCUACGGUCCAAUUUGUACCAAAAUAUCCCGUUUAUAAAUUUCCAAUGCCAAAUUCUGUAUCCAAUUCAUGUUUGUAACUUGAUUAUUUCAGAUCCGUCUUAAUAAAAUUGGCUAAAAGACAAUAUGAUAAUAAAUCGAAGAAAUACUCCACUUUAGAUAUCAUAACAGCAUCAUAAAUUACAUUUUAGAAAAUAAUUUAUAAUAGAAUGUUAAGUAGCAUGCAGAUACUAAUUAGUUCAGAUUAUAAUUAAAGAAUGUUCGUUGAAUUAUUCAUGAAACAAAGAUUGAACAAACUUGAUUGUGGCAAAAACUGAGUGUAUUCUAAAAUUUUCUGAGCUAUGUACGAAGCUGACUGCAUAACAUGUAAUUAUUUAUAAUAUUUCUACUUACACAAG